UCUUUGUGUGUGUCUCUUCAUUUCGAACAGUUCGAGAGGCCAUGGCGCCGGGAGGGGUUCUUCACUUCCAGUUCCUCCACCACGAGUCGGCGACCCUGAGGAAGAUGAACCAGCUCCGCGUGGAGAAACGUUUCUGCGACGUGACCGUGGUGACGGGGCGGCUGCGGUUCGCGGGCCACCGCGUGGUGCUGGCCGCGUGCUCGCCGUUCCUGCGCGACCAGUUCCUGCUGCAGCCGUCGCGGGAGGUGCGGGUGGCGCUGAGCGACGGCGCCGAAAUGCUCUCGCGCCUGCUGCUCUCGUGCUACACGGGCUCGCUGGACGUGCCCUGCAGGGAGGUGCUCAGCUACCUGACGACCGCCAGCUACCUGCAGAUGGACCACGUGGUGGAGGAGUGCAAGCGCGCGCUCUCCACGCGCAUCGACCCCUGCAUCAAGCUCGAGGACGACGAGGUGACCUUUGGGCCGGAGGCACAGUGUCGCGCUCGAGCUGAGGCACGGGCCCGGCAGUUGGCCGGGUUCAGGUCGGAGUCCGAAAAAACCGACGCCGACGACGUUUACGUGAUCGUCGAGACGGACGGCCUGGUGGCGGAACCUUCCGGAAGCCAGCCCAGCGACCCCCGUCAGGAGGCCCACCCCGACCUCUCCAAGGCGGCCGAGGAUGACGCUGUGCUGAUCAGCGGCGGCUCCUCCAGCGACGAGGACAGCAACUGGCCGGGCGAGAAGAGCGCAGCCCCCGUUCCCGUCAGGCGGUGGGCAGCCCUCCACGGCCGCCUCCUCCGACCCCGCCCCGCCUGCCCCCAGCCCAUUCACUGCAGCGAGUGCGCGCAGGCCUUCCAGCAUCCGGAGCAUCUGGUGGCCCACAUGAAGGCCCACAAGCUCUUCAUGUGCCCCAGGUGCGGCAAGGUGUUCAACCAGCGGGUCAACCUGGCUCGCCACGUCCAUGUGCACACGGGCGUCAAGCCCUACCUCUGCACCGUCUGCGGCAAAACCUUCACCCAGAACCGCUCGCUCAAGGACCACAUGAACCUGCACAGCGGCGCCAGGCCUCACUGCUGCCACUACUGCCACAUGAGCUUCGCCCACAAGCCCGCCCUCCGCCGCCACCUCAAAGAGCAACACAGCAAAACCACCGCUGACAACUGCAAGUUGGCCCUACUCAGCAUGGCUGGCACUGACGCCGAGCCACUGACCGGGCUCUUAGUGUCGUUGCUGCAGCUGCUGCUGAAGGCGAUGGCGAGCGGCGGGGGGAGGAUGCUGCGCUUCAGGUUCCCGGAGCACGACUCGGCGGCGCUGCGGAAGAUGGACGAGCUGCGGCGGGGCGAGUGGUUCUGCGACGUGACGGUGCUGGUGGGCGGCCUGCGGUUCCCAGGCCACCGGGUGGUGCUGGCCGCCUGCUCGCCGUUCCUGCGCGACCGCUUUCGCAUGGAGCCGGCCCGCGAGGUGACCGUGCUGCCCGCCACCGCCGCCUCGCAGGCCGUGCUGCGCCUGCUGCUCGCCUGCUACACCGGCCGCCUCGAGUUCCCCUUCGCCGACAUCCUCGACUACCUGACCGCCGCCAGCUGCCUGCAGAUGGAGGACGUGGUCGAGCAGUGCCGCCGCUCCCUUUCGCCCUGCGUCGUGGCCGCCUCGCUGCUGCGGCUGGCCCAGGACGGCGAGGCCGAGGACGGAACAGGGCCUGCAGCCGGAGCCGCCGGAGGAGGAGGAGGAGGAGGACUCCGCCCAGGCCGCUCCGGGACCCCGCACGCCGGUGCCGCUGCCAACCGGGCAGCGGAGAGACUUGAGGCCGAGGCCUCCCCCCUGUCUCCUUCCUCGACACCUACGACGGCGAGUGCACCUGGGGCAGGCCGAGGCGUCGAACCGGUCAAACUCGAGGCCCAGGCUUCUCCUCCUCCUCUCCUAGGCCCUGGUGACCGGGAAGCCCACGCCGCCCCUCACCCUCCUCCUCCAGCCGUCGCCGAUUACCUAGAGACCGAAGGCCGCAUACACCCGGGGCCAGGGCUGAAGGUGGGCGAGGACGAGGAAGAGGAACGGGCCAAGGCCGAAGGGAUGGAGGCCGAGGUGGCCGAGGCCUACCCCCCGGGCACCGGGGUGGAGGAGGGAGGAGAGGAAGAGCCCGAGGAGGACUACGAGAGUUCGGCCAGCGAGGAGUGCCGAGCCUCGGCGGGUUUCUACGGCGGAGGGGGUUUCUACCAGAGGCCCGGGGUGGGAGAGGAACCGCAGGUCUCGGGCCUGGAGGAAGGCCCCGGGCCUGGGGCUGGGCCUAGCCCCGCUCCCGGAGCCGGGGGCCUGGCUGAGCCGCCCCUCCUGUGCUCGGAGUGCGGGGCCCCGUUCGAGCAGCGCAGCGGCCUGGCCACACACCUGCUGCUCCACAAGCUCUACAUGUGCCCGCUCUGCGGCAAGCUCUUCAAGAAGAACGCGCGGCUGGCCCAGCACCUCAACGUGCACACUGGCUUCAAGCCGUACGGCUGCGCCAUCUGCGGCCGGGCCUUCACCCAGAACCGGUCCCUUAAGGACCACAUGAACGUCCACAGCGGAGACUCGCCGCACGGCUGCGGUUACUGCGACAUGCGCUUCACCCACUACAACACCCUGCGGGUCCACCUCCGGGACCAGCACGGCAAGACCACCAGCGGCAAGAACUCAGGGGAGCCCAGGCUGGCAGAGAUCAACGUGGUGGUGCCCUAGGUGUAGGGGGCUUGGGGUGCGGGUGCCCUGUAAUAAGUGAGUGAGGGAUGGUGAUGGUGGGAUGGGGCUGAAGGGCCUCUCUACCAUGUAAGGGGGGUGCGGCACCAAUGGUGGGGUGUUAUAGUGGAAAGAGGGAUGUGGAGGCAUCCCUGGAGUUAGAGUGGAGCACACGAGGAUCCCAAAGCUGGGGUGAGGUGUCUGAGAGGGAAUCCUGUGGAUAGGGUGGCAUGUGUGGCAUCAUCCCUAGGGGUGGGGGUAAUAUUGUGCAUGGGAGGGUGGCAUGUGUGGCGGGGGGGGCCUGGGCUUGAGGGGAGGUGUGUGCAAUUUGAUCCCUAGAGGCAUGUGAUGGACUGAGGGGAUGCAACCUUAGGGUAGAGUUGGGAGUGUUUGAGAUCUGUAGUAUUUCGUUGGGGGAAUGGAAUUGCAGGAGAACAAUUUGUGUGAUAGGGGUAAGGUGAUAGGCAGUCCUCUGCUUGCUAAUGAUGGGCUCACUCCCAUCCACUCUGCAGCAAUUGAAAGUUCUCCUUUUGCCAUGACACAUGAACCUUAAAACCUUAGCUCUGCACACAAGUAUAAAUUCUUCUCUAGACCCCGAUGUACGGUUCCUCCCUCUUCCCACAUCAGUCAGCAGUGCCUCUAUUGCCCACUCCCCUACAUGCACCUGUCUCCUCUCUCCAUCUCCCUAACUGGCUGCUCUUCUCUUGCCUCUCCCAACAUAUAAUGCACUCCACCUACAGUCUCUAUCAUGUUCUCUGACCCCUAUUCAAUAAGAUGUGGGAACAAAGUAGGCCAAUAGACCACUUGGAUCCACUCUACCAUUCAACAAGACCAUGGCUGAUCUGAUCAUUCUUCACUUUCUUCCCUUUCUGCCUAUGGGUCAAGUUCUCAAUUCAGUCAAAAUUGGAGGGGCGAGGUCACCAGCAAAUAUGCCAUUGCAAUCGGCACUCUGAGGAUGGGAACCUCCAUUUUACUCACUGUCCUUGAGGUCUUUGCCCUGGUCACUGAGGCUUUGCAACAAGUUGAUCAGUUUAAUUCCAAGCCACAGUACAGCCUGAGGCAUCAGACAGCAGAGGAGGUGCCCAUUCAUCCUUUCAUGGCUGGUUCCUCAGUAAUGUGAUCCAAUUAAUCAAACUUCCUGGUUCUUUUCCCCAUCACUUUGUAAAUAUCAGUUUCUCCUUCUGCUAUUUGUUCAAUUCAAAGAGAGCAUAGAUCUCACAUCAUGGAUGAUGGUCCUUCAGCUGACUGUGUCAUCUGCUGUCCAUCUAACAUAAUUCCACUUUACAGCCUGGAGUCUGUAGCCCUGUAAGUUACAGCACUAAAUGCAGAUUGAAGCACUUGUUAAAUUUGAUAAAGUCAAGAUCUCAAUUGCUGAAUCUCUUUCUGGGCAGUGUCUUGCAGAUUGCUACUGCAGUAAUAUUUAUCGUUGUCACGUCUGGUUCUAUUGCCAAUUAACUUAAGCCUGUGCCCUCUCGUUUCCAACUCUCGUAACCAGUAGAAAUAAUUUCUCUGCAUUUGCUCUGACAAAACACAUCUCUCAAAUCUGCACCUACCCUUCCCCACACCAAGGAGAACAGUCCCAAGUACUCCAUGUCCCUCAUCCCUGAAACUGUUUUUGGAAGUCUCGUCAGCACCCUACCCCAGACCCUGACAUCCUUGCUAAAGUGCCCCAAGGGUCCUGAACAAGACACAGUUUCCCAGGUGAGGUCUAGCCUGUGUUUUGUCCAGGUUUAGUUUAACCUCUCUGCUUUUGUAUUCUGCCAGUAUGUACAAAACUGCAGGUACCAUGAGUAUUUCUAACACCUGUCACAGCUAGUCUUAUCUGCUACUAAAUCAGUUUGCAAUGGGAGCAUAGUGAUGAAAGGAUCAAUAUAACUUUCAAACCUGGUCUGUGUUGCUCCCCCCCCACUGCUGAGAAUGAGCUGUGACCUCCCACUAACCCUGCAAGUCCAUUAGAGAGUUUGUCUUUUCCAUCUCAGUAGUUUUAUUACAUCUAAAAGAUUGAAUGUGUAGUUUUUAGAUGGUAUUUGUGGUUCAUUUCAACUCUAAGGAUAAUAUUGGUGUUGAUCUUCAGCUGCUUGACAAAUAAAUAUAAAUUUCAUAAA